AUGAUUGCCUUAUUCCUGUGUUGUGUUGCUGUACUUUGGUACUUAUCUUUUAGGCAGAAGAGGAAACGCCUCUACGAGUUGGCCGCUCGUAUUCCCGAGAUGAAAGCAAAAUAUCCGUUCAUUGGUGUAGUGCAAUAUACGAUUAACAACAAGGACAUACCAUCAAGUCUUACAGACGCAAAUGACACCGAGUUCAUUCUAAAGAAAAAAAUGGACAAGCCAAAUCUUCUCUGGUUGGUUCGGACGGUUAUUGGAAAUUCAGGAAUUUUCGCCCCAGUCAACAUAUGGACAAGGCGCAGAAAGUUAACAGUUCCAGCGUUUAGCCCGAAGAUUAUUAACAGCUACAUCGAUAUUCUGAUUCAAAGAAGUGAUAAUUUAAGCGAAGGACUCUCACUUGCUAACCGCGUUGGGACCGGGCCGUUCCAAGCUUGGUCGCAUAUAUUUGAAUACAGCAUAGAAGUGUUGUUUGAGACUGCAUUCGGCAUAGACGACUCUCUAAGUAAAGAGAAGAAGCUUGCCUUCUUACGAAACUCUACUUCUAUUUUGACCUUAGUUACAAACAGGGCAUUCCGAAUCUGGUAUUGGUCAGAUUUAAUUUAUAAAUGCUCUGCUAGUUAUACAAAAUUUGUGGAAGAAAGAAAGUUCACAUACGAUUUUACAGAUGAGAUUAUACAAAAGAAAAGAAAAGAAUUAGAAAACAGUGUAGAUGACACAGAACUGCAAAAUGAUGAAAGCGUCAAAACUGUAAGAUGUUUUCUAGACUACCUCAUUUUGUUGUCCAGCAGAGAUGGCAUCACCGAUAUCGAAUUAAGGGAGGAAGUCCUGACGUUCCUUUAUGCUGGUACAGACACUUCGUCAGUCGCUAUUUGUACCACAUUGAAACUCUUAGCUAAAUAUCCAAAGGUUCAAGAGAGAGUUUAUAAAGAAAUUAUAGAAGUUCUAGGCGAUGCCACGAGAACUAUUACUAAAGAUGAUCUUCCAAAGCUCAAAUACCUCGAAAGGGUUGUGAAGGAAUCGCUUCGCCUCUUUCCUCCAGUUCCAUUUAUCUUGAGACAGGUUUUCGAGGAGACUGAAUUGCCUUCUGGAACAAUCCUGCCAGGUGACACAAAUAUAAUUAUCAGCUUGUGGGCAAUUGGUCGUGAUCCUCAGCAAUGGGGCGCAGAUGCAGAUUGCUUUGAUCCUGACAGAUUCCUUCCGGAUCGGAAAACUGGGCUCUUUAUACCUUUUAGCUGUGGUCCUAGAAACUGCAUAGGCUAUCAAUUUGCUUUUAUGUCAAUAAAACUGGCGCUGACAGCAAUCGUACGUAAAUAUAGAGUAACUGGUGAAGAAGAGAACGGUCCGAUACCACAUAUAGACUGCUCUUACAACAUCAUGAUGAAAGCGAAAGAUGGCUACGAGAUAGGCUUGGAGAUGCGAUAG